AUGGAAUCAAACAUCAUCAUUCAAAACGUUCGUCAUCUGCACGCCAGCAGCAACACGGUUUAUCACGCACUCUACGGUCAUUUUUUUCUCGGAAUAUCGAAGAACAACCUUGCUACUAUUUACGGCAAAUCCCGAUCAACUAUAUUCGAGUGGUUCUCCAAGUAUGAAACAGACGGGAUUUUUCGGAGGAAGCGACGUGAGCAGGCGUUCAAGAAAUUCAACACGAAUAUGCGAGAAUGGCUAGUCAACCUUCUAGUGGGUAACAACCUGUAUCAGAAUGAGCCAUUCCUUUUCUUUGAUGAAGCGAAGGCACGGUUUCAACGGAAUUUCAAGUUGUCCUUAAGUGUGUCAUCUAUAUCCACGAUAUUACACGAGUCUGGAUUGUCCUGGAAGACCAUCGAAAGAAGGGCUAUCCAGAUACGGGAGGACGAAAUAGUCCGGUUUGUCAAGGAAAUGCUGUCGGUACCAUGGGACAUUUAUAACCUGGUUUUUCUGGAUGAGGUAAGCUUUGACAACAAAGAUAUGUUGCGUAAAAAAGGCUACGGGGUCGUUGGACAGAAGCUUAUUUACCGUGGGGAGUUUUGCAGAAAGCCCAGGGUGUCUUUCCUAUGCUUUCUUGGAAUGAACGGUAUGCUGGAUAGCUUUUGGGUUGAAGGAACUUUUAACAGACAAAACUUUUUUAGCUGUUGUCGGAAUAUUGCUCUAAAUAAUCCCCAUGUUGAACGAUAUCCAGGCAUGCAUUCCAUUUGGAUUUUGGACGGAGCUAGAAUUCAUUGCGAUGCAAACAUUGUGAGAUAUUUCCGUUCAAUUGGCAUCAUCCCUAUAUUCCUACCAGCAUACUGUCCGUUUUUCAACCCCAUUGAGAUAGUGUUUGGCCAAAUCAAGUUUUACCUAAGAAGAACUUAUCAAGAAAAAGGAUCAAUUUUGAAAGAAGUUUGUUCGUCAAUGAAUGCGUUCAAAAAUUAUGAGUGUAAAAAAACAUUUGAAAACUGUGGAUACUUGCCGGGGGGCGUAUUUCUUCCCGAGAAAGGACUUGCUCAAGACCCGAAAUACUUAGAUUUUAAUAUUACCCCUGAAUGAAAAUCAUUAGCCAUGUUGAAAAAAGCAUAAU